AUGGCCCUGGGCUGCGCCGCCGGGCGGCAGUCCGUCCGGCUGAGCUGCCGGAGGAGGCGGGGGACCGGUGGCCUCGGUGAUGAAAUCGGGCGUGGGGCGGCGGGAGGAGGGGUUGCUGCGGGGCCCGGCGGACGCGGCAGGCAGGAAGUGCUGUCUUCGCGGCCCCACGAAGCCGGUUUUGAUCCCGGGCGGCGGGACCCUAGACUCCCAGCGGCUGGCUGGAGGGAGGGAGGCUCCUCCCCCGAGCCUCGUCCGGGGACUCGAGCUGCGGCGGCGGGCGCUUCCCCGGCAGAAAGCGGCGGUGCUUGGUCAGGACUGAAUCCAGAAGCGCCCCUGAGAGCCCUGGUCCUUCCCGCUCUCAGGAAGAUGAGACUAAGCCAGAAGACUGUAUACCAGAUGUCCCAGGCAAUGAACAUGCCAGGGAAUUUCUGGCCCACGCACCAACCAAAGGACUUUGGAUGCCACUCGGGAAAGAAGUCAAAGUCAUGCAGUGCACAUGAAGAUCCCAUGUAUGACAUCAUACAAGAGAAUAAAAGACACAAAAAGGAUAUAAGGAUACAACAAUCAAAACAAUUACUGGAGGAUUCAGCGUCAGAUGACUAUGGGAGAAGCUCCAGUUCCUCAGAACAGAAACGCAAGAAAAGAAAAAGAAGAAAAAACGAAAGCAUAAGUCUUCCAAGUCAAAUGAGAGUUCGGACACAGAACGACGGAGCCUGGCUUGUUCAACACUCUCCUCUCAAAAACCAAACACUGUGGCCAAAGCUGAGAGGACCCGUGGAGGAAGGCGGAGUCGGAGAGGAACAGGAGAGACGCCCAGAGGGAGGGGCUGUGGAGGCCCAGGUGCGGGUUCUCCCCUGCCUUCCAGGGAGGAUGUGAGUUGUGUGUUGCCAGGUGCUAGCUCUGGCCACGCCUGACUUCAGGCUGGAGAGCUUUUCCCCUUGUGCUCCUCCCUGCUGAUCCCUGUGGGUCCCAACUCCUUAGGAAUGCCUAGGGCAGGGCGGCCAGAUGAAGGGAGUCUCUGAGGAGCUCCUCCGGGGCUGCCGUAGGUUCCCCCUCCAGGGGGGAGCUACCUGUGUAGAGCUCAGGCCUGAUUUCCCUCUGCUGCUGAGGAUAAUAAAAGCUCACUAUUUAUUUUAAAAAUACUCAGUUAUUUUUAAAUCAUCAUAGUAUACUUAUGUCCAAAUUUAGAAGGUGUAUGAGGGGAAUGCCCUGGCAAGUCCAGUGGUUAGGACUCUAUGCUUUCACCACCGUGGCCCGGGUUCAAAUCACUGACUGGCGGAUCAGUGCUAGCUGUGAGGUGUAAUCAGAAAUAUAUAUAUGUAUAAGGUAUAUAUGGUUUUAAUCAUGAAAAACUUUCCUCUUUUCUUCCCCAGCUAUUUAGUUCCCUUUCCCAAUGGCUAUCAAUUUUACUAAUUUUUCAUCAAGUCAUCCAGAAAUAUCUUACGUAUCACAAGCAAAUGUUUUUUUCCCUUUUUUAAUACAAAUGCUAGCAUACCAACCCAUUUGUCUGCAUUGUUUAGGUUUUUUAUUUUUCAGCUCAACAGUGUAAAACAUGUUGGUCUUUGCUAUACACAGAA